AUGGAUCCCAAGAUAGUCCAAAUUUUUUUGACCAAAUUGCCUUCUCUUAAUAAGUAUGCAACUGAAAUGCUGACCAACAUGUUUAAAUUGCCAUCACUUUUGCCAGGAAUGAAAAUGAAACAUGACGAUGAGUUGCCGAAAGCAGAAUCAUUUUUUUCAAACGAGGAGCUUGAAGCGCUUCGAUCGCAAAUACCCCACAUUGACGAGGUGAUAGAGUUGGUUGAUCCGAAGAAACUAUCUGUACUACGCGUUUUAAUACCAGAUUUUCAAAAAUACUUAAUCAACGAAGAACCCGCUAAGAUAAAUGCAAUCAACUCACAUUUGGUGAACGUUAAAUUUGUCAUCGAAAAGAUGAAAGAUGGACGUGUUGAUACGCUUCUUGAUAAGCAGCUUUUGAAAGACCUUGGUCUUGCUGACCCCUCUAUCGUCAACACCCUUCUUACCCAUUUUCCUUCGGCAAAAUCGCAAUCCACAGAUUCACUUCUAUCCCAAGUUAAAGGCAAACUCGAUGAAGCAAAAAAUAUGGUCAUCAAUGCACAAACCCAGAUGUCACCUUCAGAGCAUUUGAAACCCACUGAUUCAUUCCUAACUCAAGUAAAAGAUACACUUGAGGCUGCACAGGAUAUGGUCUCCGAUAUAUCAAUGCAGUCGAAGCCUUCGAAUCAGUCUAAACCCACUGAUUCACUUCUAUCCGCUGUUAAGGGUACGCUUAAUGCUGCAAAGGAUAUGGUUGCCGACAUAUCUACACAGAUGAAGCCUUCAAUGCAGUCGAAUUAUCCUGAAUCCCUAAUGUCCAAAGUUAAGGGGAAGCUUGAUACUGCAAAAAAAUUAGUUGCUAAUACACCUGCUAAGGUAUUGCCUUCGCAGCAGUUGAAUCACACUAGUUCACCUCCGACCCAGACAAAUGACACCCUUGAUGCCGCAAAAGACAUGGUUGCCAACAUGUCUACUCAGACGAAGCCUUCAAAUCAGUCAAAGCACCGCGACUCACUUGAGUCCAAAGUUAAAGACAAGCUCGAGGCCGAGAAAGAUUUAGUUGAGGAUGAAUCUGCUGAGGUGGUGCCUUCACAACAUUCAAAACCCGAAUUUCCACUUUUGCCCCAAAUUAAGCCUCUUGAGGCAUCACAAGUCGGUGAAAGUAUUCGUGACUUUUUCAGCAAAAUUGCUAAGCCUUUUCAACAGAAGUUACAGUAG